AUGGAUGGGGUGUGCUCGACGAGCAUCACCGGUGACGGCAAGGAUCGGCUAGAGGUGGUUGGCUUUUCCAUUGACGUGGUCAGCCUGAUCAGUCGUCUGCGCAAAAAGAUUUGCCAUGCCGACAUCAUUCGGGUGCCAGAAUUGAAGGAAAACAAGCCGCCCAUGUCGAUAUCACCGAUUUUAACACCCCAGGCCAUGGAUCAGGACAACCAACGUUUCAACUACCCGUUCCCGGGCUCAUCUUCUGUUUCCGAGGAGUCGCCGUCAUCUUCGCCACGCCCGGCCUCGUUCAAGGGCAAAGGGAAGCAGGAGUUUGUGCCGUAA